AUGCAGGCAUUCCAAGUUGAAACCAGCCAAGCCACCACUACUUUGGUGGUCAACAUGAAUGUUGACACGGUUUCGAAGCAGUGCCGAAUGCUUUUGCUUCGAGAUGUGUUUGGCGGUUUGCGUCCUCCAGACUUGCCGAGGAGUGCUCUCAGUUCAGGGCAUCAGUGGCUAAAGACCCUGUGCCUUUUCGACGAGAUUCGCAGAGAUCCACAAGGUUCAUUGCUGAAGGCUGACGUGAUUUCGUACAGCAAUGCCAUUCGGGCCAACUCCGCCUUGCUGCUGUGGGAGGAGGCUGUGUAUCUGCUGACGCACAUGAUCUCUUUCGGACCUGAGCCGGAUCGGCUGGCGUGCAACCUGACCCUCGCUGCAUGUGCCGAGCAUGGCAAAGCGGAUCUCGCUGCCGGGAUCGUGGAACGGAUGAGGACACGUCGUCAGCAGCUUGAUGUUGUUGCCCACAACACCCUCCUCGCAGCUCUUGCUCGCCAACGGAGAUGGCAGUCGGCCAUCGCUGCGGCCAUGGCAGCGCCCACCCAGGACCUCAUCACCUUCAAUUCAUUGCUGGGAAGCCUUGAAGAUUCUGAUCGCUGGGAAGUCGCUCUCGAAGUUCUCCGCCAGAUGAGCUUGCGAGGCCUCCGUUUGGACGGCGUGACGCUUCGCGCCGCAGCGGCGGCCUGCAGGCAACGCUGGCAGGCAGCACUGGCACUAAUGAAGAUGUCGGAGGUUGCUACUGACCUUGCAACCCUCACAGCGGUCGGCACCAGUUGCGAGAAGGCAAGUCAGUGGCAACUUGCACUGCACCUGUUGGCCGAUCGCGCCUUAGACACUGUGGCCAAGACCACCCUCAUCUCUGCGAGUGCGACAGGUUCACUGUGGCAGGCUGCUGUGGAGAUGCUUCUCGAGCUGAAGCAGAGAGCUGAUGCAGUGGCCUACAAUGCCACCAUUGCAGCCACUGAGAAGGCUGCCAGAUGGUCCAUCUCCUUGAUGCUGAUGUCGAAAAUGGAGGAGGCCUUCUUGCAGCCGUCGGCUACGACGUUCAAUGCCAGCAUCAGCGCAUGUGAGAAGUCAGCUGCCUGGGAGGCCUCUUUGCGGCUCUCUGACGAGAUGUUGAUGCGCAAGUUGACCAAGGACAUUGUCACCUUCAGCGCACUGAUCUCCA